AUGGACCUCGGGUUACACGCCAACAAACUAGAGCGUUCUCCUCUCAAAUUUCUCUCUUUUCUUUAUCUUCUUUUUCGCAUCACAUUUCUCUCCUCUCUCUUUCUCUCUCUCUCUUUCUUUCUUUCAAAUCCUCUCUUUACAGUUGAUGGUAAACGCGAAAAAGAAAAAAAAGCGAUAGGAAAGUUUUAUUUUAUAGGAGGAUACGAUAAGGAGACUGGACUCGCUCACUUUUCUUUCUUCUCUCAACCACUUCUCUACUCUCUCUGCUCACUCUUUUCUCUCUCAUUCAUAACUCUUCACUUUCUUCCUCCAUUAAAAAAUAAUCUUCACUCUUUCUCUGUUCCUCAAAGGAUUUUAUUAAUUUCUUCCUGCUCCUGCAAAUUCGUUUCCUGUCCCUUUCCUUCCAUCAGAUCACCAGGUCUCUCUCUCUCUCUCUCUCUCUCUCUCUCGUGGUUUUACUUCCAGUUUAAUACUCUUUUUCCCAUUCUUCGAAGCAUUCAAGCUCCUUUUGCAAUAGUCCCUCCCUCUCUCUUCGAAUUCUCCUUCGCUUUUACACUCCCUAAUUCCUCUUACCUUAAUCCUUUUUCAUCUAGGUCUCAUGAUUCAAAUACUCUUCAUCUUACCAUUCCCCUCUGCUAUUUUUCCCCACUUCAUCUAUCAAUCCUUAUAGCCGUCACCCAUUUUUCCCCCUCUUACGUCCUUGAACUCCUCCCUAUUUUCACGCUCCUUAAAUUAUUGAUUCCUCAAACUGCCCCCUUCGUGAAUUUACUAACUCAGCCUAUCCCUCUUUUGGGUCACUCUUUUCCUUAUUUCCAAAUAAGAACACCACUUCUCCGCCUACCUGCCACUUUUACUCCUUACACUCCUUCCCCGUCUGCUGUGUCCGUCUGUUCGUUAUCUAUCUAUCUAUCUAUCUAUCUAUCUAUCUAUCUAUCUAUCUAUAUUGUCUAUAUCUAUCUAUCUAUCUAUCUAUCUAUCUAUCUAUCUGUCUGUCUGUCUUUGUUCAUAUCUAUCUGUGUCUCUAUCUAUGUGAGUCUCAUUAUCUACCUAUCUAUCUAUCUGUCUCUCUUUGUUCAUAUCUAUCUAUCUAUCUAUCUAUCUAUCUAUCUAUCUAUCUAUCCCUAUUUGUUCAUAUCUAUCUAUCUAUCUAUCUAUCUAUCUAUCUAUCUAUCUAUCUCUCUCUCUAUAUAUAUAUUUUUAAGACAAUUUUAUGUUUAA